GUAAGGAGGAAAGGGCUCCCUCCUCGCCGCCGCUUGUGAGGCGGUCCACCCUUUAGGGCCCCUCUUCCCUCUGUGAGCUGGUUCAGAUCCAGGGGCCUCACCUGCAGGAAGCCACAGCGCCACCUUUUGGUGAGCCCGUGGGGUGGAGAAGGGGCCCGCGCCCCCUGCCCAUUAGCUGAAGGCAGUGGCACUGCCCGCUACGCCCCACGCCCACCUGCCUGACUUGUGAGGGCAGCUGGGGGCCUCGCGCCCUCCAGGCCUGGCACCAGAGUUGCUUUCUGAGUUAUCAGUUCGGGUGGAAAUACAGCAGGUCCUCGAAUAAUGUGGUUUCAUUUAACAUGGAUGAGACGCGGUGGGGACUUCACUCUUGUUUAGAACAAGGAGGCUGGGGUGAAACUGGCUUCAUCGUCUGUCAGUUCGCCACAGCGGCAAGAACCCACCGACCGUGUCAGGUGAGGACGCACUGUAAACUCCUGCUUUCUAGAGCGUGAGUUCUCGCUUCCUCUUUUCUCCUCUGGACUUUCCCCAGAGGAAGAGAAAGCGGAAGGCUCAGGCCUGGGGAUUAGCCGAGGCCGAGCCCAAUUCAAGGUGUGGAGUGGGGAUCGGGAGGGGAGGGAAGGCCCGGCCCACAGACCUCACCAUCGGGGAAGAGCUGUUCUGUAGAGCGGGGCCCAGGGCCCGUCCUCCCGGCGGCCCGAGGGAGCGUGCCGGCUCCUGUCGGAAGUGCGGGCCGGGCCUCGGUGUGAUCCAGCCGGAGUUUGAUUCCUGCCCCUUCUUGCCGUGAGGAGGUCGCUCUUUAUCUCCGGGCCCUGUGGGCCCAGAGCCCUGGCACCAGCCACAGCAGAGGAGACGCCACUCUGGGCCAGCCCCAGGCCUGCUGGGUGCCCUGUGUGCUGCCAGACCGAGAGCGCGGUCUUCGCGGGUGUGGGCGCACUGAGCGGAGGGACACGUGGCUGCUGCUGCUUCCAGGAGCCUGACCGGAAUGGCCGAGGGACGCUUUUACCUGUCGGUCCUGGCGCUGUCCUCCCUGGGCUUCAUGUGUGUCCUCUUCACCGUCUAUUGGAUGUGGAGCUGGCACGGUGGCUUUGCCUGGGAUGGCAGCAUCCUCACGUUCAACUGUCACCCGGUGCUCAUGGUGGCUGGCAUGGUGGUGGUCUACAGCGCUGCGUCACUGGUGUACCGCCUGCCCCAGUCCUGGGUGGGACCCAAGCUGCCCUGGAAAAUCGCCCACGCGUCCCUGCACCUGCUGGCCUUCAUCCUGACCGUGCUGGGGCUGGUGGCCGUCUUCAGAUAUCACAACAAUCAGCACAUCGCCAACCUCUACUCCCUGCACAGCUGGUUGGGCAUCACCACCGUGUUCUUCUUCGCCUGCCAGUGGCUCCUGGGCUUCGCUGUCUUCCUGCUGCCCUGGGCGUCCCUGUGGCUGCGCAGCCUCCUCAAGCCUGUCCACGUCUUCUUCGGAGCCUCCAUCCUCGCUCUGGCCAUGGCGUCCGUCAUUUCCGGCAUCAAUGAGAAGCUCUUCUUCAGCCUCCCCUGUUGCGUGAAAGGGAGUGAAGUGAGAAGGGACGCAGGAGCGGUCGGGGUGCGUCUGGACGCCCUCAGCACCUCUGCUCUACCUGGGGCUCCGGCGGUUUGCCGAGCCCCCACCUCGCCCGCCCCGUGGGCUGCUCUCUCCGCCACGUGCUGCCUACGCGUCUCUCGGUGCUCUGACUUCCGCUCUCCUUCCUGGCAUCGACUUGUGAGGUCCACCCUGUACACAGGCCCUUCCUGCCCUGGCUGCGUGCGCACCCCUGCUCCCUGGCUCAAGUCCAGCCGAGCUGGUUCCCUAGACACCUCGGGAGGUGGUGGCAAGUCCCAGCAGCUCCGAUGGCCCGACUCCAGCGCCGUCUGUAAUGUGAAGUCAGCUCUCCCUGGGACGUGCAUGUCAUUUAGGCACCCGCCAUGGCUGGCCCCUGGACUUGAGGCUGGGAGGGAGGGGAUGACAGAGCAGCUCUGCAGGGAAACUGAGGCUGCCUGCUCUUCGCCGUUCUGUUCAUGUCUCAAGUCCACUGUGACCGUGUGGCGCCAUCGCUUCUCAUUGCUGCUACAGCCGGGACCUGGAUCCGGCCUGUCCCCGCCAGGCAGCCAAGGAGCCUGGAACUUGCUGUCCCCAGCUGUCCCAGCGGGGAGGGCUGGCAGGGGUGCCUUACUCUCCUUUACCAGGUUAGGGCUUCCCUGCCUGUCCCCGGCCCCCACGACACGACCAGCGUUGGGUGCUUUGUCCCAGCAGAGCCGAGGACCACGGCCACCUUCGCAGGUUUUUGCUGAGCACGAGUGCCUCACUGCUCCCACAGCGGCUGCCGCAGGCCCCAGCCCGCCUCGUGCAGAGGGCAGUGCGAGCGGAGCUUUUUAGAGAAGUGGGGGAGGGGCCUAGCUCGUCUCCUCCGUGUUGGGGCUUCGGCUUUUCCUGCCUCCACAUGAGUCCUGCUGGGUCCCGGGGCCACACUGCUGUGCGCCCUGGGUCUGAGUGUGCUUCCUCUCCGGCCCAUGGCGAUGAGGCCAGAUGCCAGCAGGAGGACUCUGCCUGAACCUCUGGUGACCGAAGGCUCCAAAGCCACCUCGAUGGCUGCCAGGCAGCUGGGUCACAUGACCCCCCCUGACCACAUGGGUAGGCAUUUCACCUGUUUGUAAAGCCUGAUUCUCAUUAAAUAUGUUUUUAAGAACCAAA